CCAAAAAUCGCCACCGUUUCUCAAUUCGCUUUUGCGCACUUUCCGCGACGGACGCAUUUUCACGACGGUCGUUGGUUAGAUUUUCCUCAAGUGCGGUGCGCGGAAAAACUUUUGAUUUUCAUUUCGGUUUCGUUGACGGCAACUCAAGAUCACUCAUAGCUGCGUGUGAUUUGAUCACGCAAGGGGCAGGAAAUCGAUCGACCGGAAGUGGUUUCGAGUGAAAUUUUCAAACAACUAAACGAAAGUGAAGUGAACCCCGGUGUACUUGAGCCGUAAUUUAGUAGCUCAGCCAACCAGCCAGCCAGUUGGUAGUGCCAUAAAUCUAGUACCAGCUGCGUAAGGAUUCAGUACUGAGCGGGGAGAAAAGUGAAACUCGACGCGAUUUUCACGGUUCGGUGGAGAUUUAUUCAAAUUUCAAAGAAGCUCGGAAAAAUCGUCGCUGAAAUCUCAAUGACCAACCCGUUCCGCAGACGAAAUCGUCAAAAGUGAAAACAAAAAUACCAAUAAGAAAGCCAAAAUUGUUCCCCACAAAUGCGAGAGAAGCAAACAAAAAAUAACUCCUCGGAAAACGCGACGCGUCGUUUGUGAGAAGUGAGAAAAGUGACCUUCUGGCAGCUGGGAAAAAUCCUUGCGGGAACGUCAUAAAGUGUGUGUGUGUGUAGAAGACAGCAGACACCUCGGCAGGCAGGCCGAGACAAGUGACGGGCUAACCGGACGGAACCGGCCAUUGGCCGCACCAGGUCAUCAUGAUCAAGGUCGACGAAAACUAUCCGGCGCAAGAACUCGCCCCGGCCUUCCCGUACCGGCAGGUUCAACUCAAGCAGGAGGUCGACCCGCGCCAGUCGUUCGACAUUCUGCCCGAGCUGGGCCGGGGCACCUUCGGCACGGUGUUCCUGUGCCGGGACAAAGCCAGCGGGCUCGAGCUGGCCGCCAAAAUCGUACCCUGCAAGAAGAAAAAGGAACGCACCGACGCUCUGCGGGAGAUCGACAUCAUGAGCUGCCUGCACCACCCGCGGCUGAUCCAGCUGUACGAUGCGUUCGACUACGAGAACAAAGUUUAUGUGAUACUAGAACUAGUCCAAGGUGGUGAGCUGUUUGAGCGGGUCAUAGACGACGACUUUGUGCUGACCGAGAAAGCGUGCGCCGUCUUCAUGAAACAGAUCUGCGAAGGCAUGGAGUACAUCCACAGUCGGAGUAUAAUUCAUCUGGACAUGAAGCCGGAAAACAUCCUCUGCCUAACAAAGACUGGAAAUCGAAUCAAAAUCAUCGAUUUUGGUUUUGCCAGACGAUAUGACAAAAAUAAAAAGCUUCAGGUCAUGUUCGGUACCCCGGAGUUCACAGCUCCGGAGGUGUUAAAUUACGAUGAAAUCUACUUCUACACCGACAUGUGGAGCUUGGGAGUGAUAUGCUAUGUGCUCUUGUCGGGUCUGUCGCCGUUCGUGGGUGGGAACGAUCUGGCCACCAUGAACAAUGUCAACAGUGGCAAGUUUUCGUUCAAGUACAGCUCGUUCGAGGCCGUGUCCGAGGACGCCAAGGACUUUGUGCGGAAGCUGCUGGUCCGGGACGGGACCCAGCGGUUGACCGCCCGGCAGGCCCUCCAGCACAAGUGGCUCGCGGAGACGACGACGGCCCAGAGCACGACCGAACUGUCUAUAACAAAAACAAAAUUGAAACGUUAUGUUAUUAAGAAACGGUGGACCAAGGCGGUCAACACGAUCAUCGCGCUCCGGCGGAUGGGCGCCCGGAUCGACUUUGAUCUGGUUUGAAGAAUGGGGGAUGCGAACGGCAGGAGGAGGACGUGGUGGCCAACCGGCCUGGCCGUCGCGGGCCGACGAGAACGGGUAACACACAUACUCACAGAGAAAGAGAAACCAGAUACAUUUUAUUCGUAGGGUACAUUCGCUAGUUAGGACUGUAACUGAAUUCAUUUCGCUUAGAAGUAAGGUAAAGUUAUUAAUUAAAAUCGCAUUAAGACGCACCGAUAGAAUAGAAACUUUUGUUUACUACCCCUUCAAAUGUUGUAAAAUACAAAAAAAAAGAUUUAAGUAAAAA